AUGUAUGUCAUCGGAGAUUCUAAUAGACCCACAUACCCCAGAGAUGCCACUGUAGUUGUGGAAGAAUUCAACGACUUCUUUACUACCGUGGGAAUGAAGAGUGCCCAAUUAGCUAAAGAUAUAGCACAGCAAUUUGAAUUGCCACCCGUUAUUGAAACCUUGGCUUUGACUACAGCGACAGUGGAUGACAAUAUGUUUCAACUCAGACAAGUGACAACAGAAGAAGUGAGUGAAAUUAUCACCAUGAUGCCCUCCAAUAAAGCUCCUGGAAACAAUACAGUCCAUUUAAGAGUUCUCAAGGAUUGUUUAUCUUCUGUUGUUCAACCGAUCACGUCAAUAAUAAAUUCAAGCUUUCUCAAAGGAAUAUUUCCCAGUCAAUGGAAAAUAUCUGAGAUUACUCCUAUUCCAAAGAAUGAUGAUUAUGAAGAAGCCGAGAAUAAUCGCCCAAUCUCCUUGUUGCCUGUCUUAUCUAAAGUUUGCGAGCGAGUAGUCCAUAAUCAAUUUACAAAUUAUCUUAUCCAAAACGAAAGAUUCCCAACUAACUAA